AUGUCGAAGGAGGUACCGAAGACAGAGGCCAUGGACGUUGAUGAUCCAUUCUAUCAUGGCUGUCGGAACAAGGCUCUCCAAGCCCUUCACUGCAAUGGAAGUUCAAGUACAGAGGCGGUUAUGCUGGGAAACGCGCCUGAUCUCUCAAUCCUCGACCCUCCCCUCUCGUACGACGGCACGCCGGCUUUCAGAAAGAAGAACGGAACAUGUCGGCCUCUGGGUAAACGAUAUCAUCGCCGGCAUAAGAAGCGGAGACAAGGCUAUGUCUCGCGUUCGACAGUCCAUGGCGCAACGGAACGCACAUGGUCUGCCACUUUGAUCGUCAUGGAGACCAGUCGGGUUAUCAUCAACAAUCCCAACGAGACCACCCUGCGUGCUCUUGCUCCGCACGCCCUUUUUGGAUCUCGGUCGCUAGCUGCGUCAAUGCGUGCUUCUCCUGCCCUCGCCACCCCAGGAACUAUCCUGGGACCAAAGAUGCAUCUGAUGGAGGUGUCCUAG